AUGAGGUUGCAAACAACACAGUUAUGGAAGCAAGAGAUGCUAUAUUCUUUGAAGUACAAGACAAGAAUUUCUAAGGAAGUACAAAUAAGUGAGAAGCCUUCUAGCUCAACUACGAUCGAAAAUUUAGAAUCUCAAGAGCUUAGAAGAAGCAAAAGAGCGAGAGUUGAGAAGAACUUUGGAGAUGAUUUCUAUACCUUUCUAGUAGAAGGAGAUCCCACAACUUAUAAGGAAGUCGUUAUGUCUGUGGAUGCACCAUUCUGGAACGAGGCUAUAAAUGAUGAGUUUCAAUCUAUAAUCCAAAAUAAUACAUGGAUGUUAACGGAUUUGCCUACUGGAAAUAAAGCGAUAGGAUGCAAGUGGGUAUUUAGGAAAAAGUUGAAACCAGAUGGAAGUAUUGAUAAAUAG